UAAGACUAACACAUCAUGGGCAGCAGGAGGGGAGAAGACCAGACACUCCUCUAGACUAGAAGAUUCCUUCACCUUCUGCAUCUUGGGCAUCUUCUACCCUUCUAGGCUGGACCCGUCUGCAAAGAAGAGACAAUGGCAUUUUAUCCCCUUCAGAUUGCUGGACUGGUUCUUGGGUUCUUUGGCAUGGUUGGGACGGUUGGCACAACACUUCUGCCUCAGUGGAGAGUAUCAGCUUUCAUUGGCAGCAACAUUAUUAUCUUUGAGAGGAUCUGGGAAGGGCUUUGGAUGAACUGCAUCCAGCAAGCUAUGGUCACACUGCAGUGCAAAUUCUAUAACUCCAUUUUGGCUCUUCCACCAGUAUUGGAAGCUGCACGGGCACUCAUGUGUGUGGCUAUAGCUCUCUCCUUGAUUGCUGUUAUUAUUGGCAUCUGUGGCAUGAAACGGAUCCAGUGCACCGGCUCCAGUGAGAGGGUCAAAGCCUACUUGCUGGGAAUCUCAGGAGUCCUCUUUAUUCUGACUGGUAUCUUCGUUCUGAUUCCAGUGUCCUGGACCGCCAAUAUCAUCAUUCGGGAUUUCUAUGACCCAACCAUCCACGUAGGUCAGAAGCGAGAGCUUGGAGGAGCGCUCUUCCUUGGCUGGGCGACGGCUGCUGUCCUCUUCAUUGCAGGGGGGCUGCUCUGUGGAUAUUGCUGUUGCAACAGAAAAGAACAGUGUCACAGAUAUCCAGCCCCACCAUACCGUGUUCCACAAAAAGAUAACCAAAGGAAGGUGACAGUGCCUAGCAAAACCUCUACCAGCUAUGUCUAAGGCUUGCUUUCAACAUUGGCCCAUGGCUUAUGCUCAUGUGUUUUGUAUUCUCCCCAGAAACUGUGAGUACAUCAGGCAAGAGAACUACCUUUAUAGCAGAUUUAAAUUGAGAUGAAACUUUUGAUAUUUUUACCUGAGGCAGGAAUACAAAUGACUUAUUUGGACAUUCUGAUUUCCUGUGUAUUACCUGUACUCACUCUUGUCGGACUCGAUAGUUAUUGCAAUUUAUAUAGCCAAAUAUCAAGUAUAUUCUCAGUUAUUGACAUGUGAUGAUGGUGAAUA